UGUUUGGGAUGCUGUAUCCUGCAUAUUACUCAUACAAAGCUGUGAAGACAAAAAAUGUGAAGGAAUAUGUUCGCUGGAUGAUGUAUUGGAUUGUCUUUGCUCUUUAUACAGUUAUGGAAACAAUAACUGACCUAACGGUCUCUUGGUUUCCACUGUACUAUGAACUGAAGAUAGCUUUUGUUAUUUGGCUCCUUUCCCCAUACACUAGAGGGGCAAGCUUAAUCUACAGAAAAUUUCUCCAUCCUCUUCUUUCUUCCAAAGAAAGGGAGAUUGAUGAGUACAUUGUACAAGCCAAAGAAAGAGGCUAUGAGACCAUGGUGAAUUUUGGAAGGCAAGGGUUGAAUUUGGCAGCAACUGCUGCAGUGACAGCAGCUGUAAAGAGUCAAGGUGCAAUAACUGAGAAACUGAGAAGUUUCAGUAUGCAUGAUUUGACUAGUAUACAAGGAGAUGAGCCAGUAGGACAAAGACCGUAUCAGACAUUACCAGAUGCAAAAAAGAAAACCAGAGCCUCUGCAAGUGAAUCUUCAGGUUACAAAACUCCACUGGAAAAAAAUCCUGGAGAUGAUAAAACAGAUGAAGAGAUGGAGGGGACGCAUUCAGAGGAUGAAAUGUUUGCUCAGAGAGGCCUUCGAAGAACUCAGAGUAUGAAAUCUGUGAAAACUAUUAAAGGCCGUAAAGAGAUACGGUAUGGAUCACUGAAAUACAGAGUAAAGAAGAGACCCGCUGUAUACUUCUAAGUGUGUUGCACAAUGCCUGCGAGACAAACUGCUGUAUUAUAAUAACUUGAACUCAGUGCGUUAAGUGUUAAUAUCUGUGUAUGAUUCAUAUAGUGAGUAUAUAUGAAUAGAUAUGGUAGGACUUGGUUUUAUGAACCUAAAUGGUUGGAAAAAGUAUUACUCUGCUCUUGUGUAAUUGCUUAUUGUUUAGAUUUAAAUGUGGACAAGUUAUAGAAUGAAUUUCACCACUCCUUAAAUGGGAGUUAAAUGAGUAACAG